GACGCGGAAAGGAGCGUGAUCCUGUUUUGUUUGUUUUACACGGAACUCCAAAGCUUUCAAAAUGCAGGAGGUUGUUGCAAAUGUUACCAACAUCAAAUUUGACAUUGAAUUCGCCCUUGAGCAACAACUCGGGGCACAGCCGCUUCCUUUUCCAGGGAUGGAUAAAUCUGGUGCUGCAAUUUGUACCUUUUAUCUAAGGAGUUUAUGCAGCAAAGGUGGCGCCUGCCCAUUCAGACAUGUGAAGGGGGACAGGACAAUUGUGUGCAAGCAUUGGCUCAGAGGACUGUGUAAAAAGGGAGACGACUGUGAAUUCCUCCAUGAAUAUGACAUGACAAAGAUGCCUGAAUGUUACUUCUUCUCAAAAUUUGGUCUGUGUAGUAAUAAGGAAUGUCCCUUCCUUCACAUUGAUCCGGAGAAGAAAAUUAGAGACUGUCCAUGGUAUGAUCGUGGCUUUUGUCGGCAUGGACCUAAUUGUAAGAACCGGCAUGUCAGGAGAGUGAUCUGUCUGUGUUACCUGAAUGGUUUCUGUUUAGAAGGACCGAAUUGUAAAUUUAUGCAUCCAAAGUUUGAUCUUCCCACAAGUGAUCCUGUAGCGCAGGCUAAGAAGGCUUCUAUUGUAUGUCACUUUUGUGGGGAGACAGGUCACAAGGCAGCUAACUGUCCCAGCAUGGGUCAUAAUGCAGUCAGACCUCAGACUGUUCCAGUAGUACACACACAGAAUGAAUCCGCACCUCGUCCCCAGGUGCACACAGAACCUAGAAGACCUCUGGACCAGGUUACUUGUUAUAAGUGUGGUGAAAAAGGUCAUUAUGCUAAUAAGUGUCCAAAGGGUCAUCUAGCAUUCCUUAGCUCAUCCUUGGCCCCUCAGCAAACCUAAUGAAGCUGUCAGAACAGUGAGUCAGCCUGACUGUGGCUCUCACUCUGACAAGGGGACCUCAUCCUGACAAGGUUGACCUCAUCCUGGCAAGG